AUUCCUAUCUGAUCCCAUGCUCAAAAUUUAACCCAAUUACAUUUUAGAUGAAAAUGAUGGUAAACCAAAUAGGCCAACUACUGUGAAGAAAAAAGCAAGCUUGGAAUCUCUCUGCUUUGUUGUGUCUUCACCACUCUUCCUCUACAAUCUCUAGUUUCAGAAAGCCAUAGCAGCAAGAAGAAGACUACUUUUCUUCAGAGCUUGAAUGAUUCAACCCAGAAGAAAAGAAGGACAUAUCCCAAGCUCCUCAUAGAACCAGAACCUUUCAUGUAAUUCGAAUUCUCUCUUCAUGUUUUACUUUGGAUUUGGACCAAGUCUUGUUAUAUUCUUUCUUUGAAGAUGGUUCAAAGAAAGUCUCCCAGCAAGCUUGGUAUCCAAGCAGCUUCCCAGAAGCAUGAUAAGCCCGAAAAGCGGUCAACGGCUGUUAAGCCAGCUACUACUCAAGCUCAUGACAUGAGAAACAAAGGAGCAUCCGAGCUGAAGAAGAAAAUAAAGAAGUCAAGAUCAUUCAAGCGAUCUGACUUGGAGAGCUUGGGAUCAUCUUCUUCAGUGACACCGGCAAAGCUGCGAAUUCAUAAGCCAGUUAUGGAGACAUCUAGUCCUGGUAUUAGUCCACAGAAUCAGUCCAUGAUCAAGGUCUCCAGCGCGACUCCGAAUUACAUGAAGCCCACAACCAGUUCUGAUGCAAAGAAGGAGCAGCGUUCACAGGUGAGUCACUGUCAAACUAGUCCUCAUAGUAGAAUUUCUAGUGGAAGGAAUACGAGUUGCUCAAAGCACUCUGCUUCUGGUCACAAACCUGCGAGAGCUUUAACAAAACAAUCUAGUUUGAAACCAGUGAGGACUUUAACGAAGACGUCUAGUUUCAAAAUGUCGAGGCCUUCCAUAAAGAAGAGUUCCCGAGUUGCUCUGUGUCCUAGCCUGGAUGUUGGCCGGGCUACCUGUUCAUCCACUCUGAAGGAUUCAAAGUUGCCGGCUUUUCUGAUACUUAAUCCAGGCGGAACAGAAGCACAAGGAACUUCAGUUCCGAGGGUCUGCCCAUAUAAUUACUGCUCCCUCAAUGGCCAUCAUCACGCUCCUGUGCCUCCCCUGAAGCGUUUCUUGUCGAUGAGAAGACGUCUGCUUAAAACCCAGAAGAGCAAGAGAUUGAGAAGUCUAUCCCCACUGAGAAAAAAAUCUUCUCGGGGCGGAAAGAAGGGAAGUGAUACGGGUCAGCUGGACUACAACAGGGAUCCUACAAUUCAAGACGCGAUGUUGGCAAGCUCAGAAAUAUCUCCUCUGAUGGAUGAAUCGGACACGGAUUUUUUUGUAGAAAUUUAUGCUAAACCAAGAGAUGAAACUGCAGAAUCAAUUGGAAGAAGCAUUCUCAAUGGAGAUGAGGAAGCAAUAAUUGAUUUUUCUUUGAACCCUGAAGAUCUUGACGAUGUUAGUAUGUUGUCAGAUAGAGAUGAGGCAGAAGCAGAGAAUUAUGAUGGAAAAGUUGAUGAGAGCUUCACUGAUGAUUCACCGCACUCAGAAAUAAGCUUUGAAGUCGAUCUCAGCCACAAUGGAGAUGUUCUCAUGGGAGAAAUGGACACUCCAAUGGCAUCUCCUGGACAUGAUCAGUUUUUAGAAACUGAGGUUGAUGACUACCAGCUUCCCCUGGUGCAAUCCCAAACAGGUAUGGGAUAUUGCUGCAUUGAGACCAAAUUGGAAUUUGAAAUCCCUGCAGAGACAGAACUCAUUGAGUGUGUUUCUGAAGUUACAGAUAUGGAUUGCGGGGAAGUACAAGCUGCAAUACCACAUAUUGAUUUUCACCAGGAAAUUCCAAAGGUGGGAGAACUGCAGGAGUUCUGUAAAGAAAAUGAAAGCUACCUCAAUGAACUUGGAGACAGUGGUUCUGAAUUGAAUGGCGGAGAUCAAAAUUUGGAGGGUGAUGCAUCCAGUGAUGUAAGCGCUGAAGGGUCUGAUGGUUUUGAAGGUUUAAAUCGGGAGGCUGGAGUUGAGGAAUCUACAAUAGUUAAUGGAGAAAAAGGAGAAGAUACGCAGCCAGAUAUCUUCAUCAGCAUCAUGGAAUCUGCAACUUCUGAAGUCUCAUUGGUGGAACCAAUAGGAUCCUGUGAAGAAAAGAAUGGAGAAUAUGAAUCAGGUGACAACUUCCUCAAACAAUAUUCUCUACCCAAAGAUGGUGAACCCAUGUGCACCACUAAUGUUGAAUGUGAAGCUGUAGAGGAGAUAGAUGAAAACAGUUCUGAAGAUGCAGGGAACGCUCUUGACUUUGAAACAUCUGAGUCAAUUGAUCUAGAGGAUGUGGCAAAAAGCAGUCUUCCUCUAGACGACGCAGUUGUGGGUGCUGAUGUCCAAGGCGUAGCAGGAGGAAAAGUAGAAGAUGCCAAUAAUCUUGAGACGGUUAAGGAAGAUUGCAAUGAAAACCACCAAAUACAAACAGAGAUUGAUGCUUACAAGCUUGAUGUUACUACUGAAGAUGAGAAACUCCUCCCACUAGAGACUCAAGACCACUCAUCUGAUGACCAAUCAUACAUGAGUGAUGUACUUGAGGAACAAAAGCUCUCAGAAAAGGUUCAGGGAGUUGGAGGUAAAUUUGGUAUCACAAGUUCCAGAGAUUCUGAGGAAGACAAUGAUUCAAAGAGGAACAAACACAGUUCCACUGAAGAAAGUGAAGAAGACAAGGUAAUUCAAGUAAGAAAUGGUAUGGAAUUGGAUGAAACAAAGACAUUCCCCAUGGAAAAUAAUAAUGUAAGCCUAGAAGAAGAUAAACUAAUCAUCAAUUCAGAAAGCAGCUUCAACCAACAACUGCCCAAGGCCUGCAGAAAUCUAAGAGGAACAGUCAGACGCAAGAGGCCUACUGAGGACGAGGAGGAACCCAGGAAGUUCAACCCACGGGGCCCAAAUUUCCUUCCUUUGGAGCCUGACCCUGAAGCAGAAAAGGUUGAUCUCAGGCAUCAAAUGAUGGAUGAAAGGAAAAGUGCAGAGGAAUGGAUGGUUGACUAUGCUCUUCAACAGGCAGUGAAAAAACUUGCUCCAUCUCGCAGCAAGAGGAGAGUGGCAGUGCUGGUUCAAGCUUUUGAAGCAGUAACUCCAGUACCAAUUCAAGCUUGUAGCUAAUGGUGGGCAUCUAGUUGAGGGCCAGAAUGCUGUUCAAUCCCAGAAGAUUUACUAUGAAUUAGUGAAGUGGUAUAAACAACUAUAGUUCAGCAUGAAUAAGGUACAGGUUCAAUAAAACAACCGACUUGUUCAACAUUGCUUGGGAGUUCAGGAGGAGAAACAAUACAGUAGAAGUUAUGGUGUGGACAUUGAACUCUGUACAUACAAUAGUAUAAUUUCUAUUAACAAUCUAAAGCUAUGUAUUAAUUAAGUUGUGAUGUUUUAUAGUAUAAUGAAUAAGGUCACUAUAUGUACUCUGUAGUAAGAGUAUUGAGUGUGUUGUUUAGCAUCUUCAAGGGGAUAGUAUCAACCUCAGUUGUUAAGGGUGAUUCACCUUCAAGCAAUUGCCAAUUUAUAAUGUACUUGUUUGUUUUAUAGUAAGUACCCACUUCUGUCCAGUAUCCA